AUGCCGUCUGCUCCGCGAAUCCUUAGUCUCCUCUUGUGGGCGGCGGGAUGCGCCUCUCAGGUCUCCUCACAAAAGUCCUCAACUCGGUGUUCACUCGAAAGCGUCAGCGCCCUCCUCACACCCGAAAACCAGGCCGAGGUCUUGACGACUUCAAAACUGGGCGACAAUGGCACCUUUGGAGAGGCGGGCAACAUCGCCUACCCCCAAAACGCAACGCACCUACCGCCCCUCUGCGUCGUCUCCAUCAACGUCACAUCCUCCCCGACAUCAUCCUACACAUUUGGCCUCUUCCUACCAGACGAGUGGAACAACCGCUUCCUCGCCGUCGGUAACGGGGGGUUCUCGGGGGGCAUCAACUGGUACGCCAUGGGCACAGGCGUAAAAUACGGCUUCGCGACAAUGUCGACUUCCACAGGCCAUAACUCGUCGAACCAGGACAUGGGCUGGGCGCUCAACAACCCCGAGACCAAGGCCGAUUGGGCCGGGCGCAGUCUCCACGGCUCGACUGUCGUCGGGAAGCAGAUUGUCGAGGGGUACUACGGCGCCGCGGCUAAUCGGUCGUAUUACUCUGGUUGCUCGACGGGUGGCCGGCAGGGCGUGAAUUCGGCGCAGGAUUACCCGGAGGACUUUGAUGGGAUCCUGGCGGGUGCGCCGGCGUGGAUGUCGACGAGCCAGCAGCUGUGGCAGCUCAAGGUCGGGGCUGUGAACUUGCCCGUGGAUGGGGCUGGGUAUUUACCGCCUGCCGUGUUUGAGGCCAUCAGCGACGAGGUUCUAAGGCAGUGCGACGGGUCUGAUGGCGUGGUUGACGGUGUGGUGAUGAACCCUGCGCACUGCAACUUCCGGCCGGAGAAGAUGCUCUGCAGCGACGCGAGGUCAAACCGCUCCGCGUGUCUGACGGCGCCGCAGAUUGCGACACUGAAGCAGCUGUACCGCCCUCUCAUUCAGCUCGGCGCCGGGGUUCACAAUGUGACGUACGUGUAUGCCAACUUUGGCCUGGGCUCCGAGAAGCAGAUGCCGUCGUCGUUUGGAUCGAAUAACGAGCCGAGUCUCUACGGGACGGAGUACGCCAAGAACUACCUCUUUGAUGACCCGUCGUGGGACUGGACGACGCAGUUUGACUACUCUACUUUCGUCGAGGCUGCACGGCUGAACCCGGGCAACGUGAACGCGGAUAACUUUGAUCUCUCUGCGUUCCACGGGCGCGGCGGGAAACUGGUGCAGUAUCACGGCUACGCGGACGGUUUGAUUCCGACGGAUGUGAGCCGCGUGUUAUACGACGAGACAUGGGCGGCCAUGGCGGCGCGGGGGGUCGACCUGGACGAGUUUUGGAGGCUGUUUUUCGUUCCUGGGAUGCAGCAUUGUUCGGGCGGGGUGUAUGAUGCGCCGUGGUACUUUGGCGGGAGCGGGCACGCGGCGGCGUUGGAGGGGAAUGGGCAGCAUGUUUUCCCUGUGCCUGGGAUGGACGAUGCGAGGCAUGAUGUGUUGCUUGCGCUUGUUGAGUGGGUUGAGGGUGGGGAGGGCGUGAGGGAGGUUGUUGCGACCAAGUUUGGUAAUGAUACUGUUGGUGAGGGGGUGUUGAGACAGAGGCCGAUUUGUAGUUACCCCGGGUAUGCUUCGUGGGAUGGCAAGGGGGAUGUUGAUGCUGCUUCGAGUUGGAGUUGUGUGGGUAGUUGA